AUGGAGAAAAAGAGGCGGAACGGCUGGAUUCCACCAGCGGCGGCGUGCCGAGAAGAAACAGUUGCACGCCCUCUUCCGUUUCCCCGCUUCGUUAAUUGGCACACACUGGAGAGAUGGCUCAGGGCCUUGCGGGAGCUGUGGGCCUGUGAUUUCCCACCGGCGCAACUCCCAUCAGUCUCCUUUGCGCGCAAAUCUCCCAUGCAUCAUCGUGAGGAUAUGUUUAGAAUAAUCCCAGGUGAUACAGAUUAUAGGAUAUUUGCUGAAGACAUUACGAACAUUCCAGGACUUGAUAUUAUUUUUGUUCUCGGUGGUUAUUUCUAUCAUACUUCAUAUGAUACGUUGGAGAAUCUACUCCCUGGAAGUAUUCAAGCUCGUGGUGAAAAUUUAUUCAACCUUGUGAAGGCAUUCACAAAUUCUAUGUUGUUAAAAGAGAAUGAGAUAUCUAAUAAAGCUGCUAAGGAUGGAAUUGAAGAUUUGCGGGCAGUCUUUUUUGAUUAUUUGACUUGGUUCAUGGUGUUUUAUUCUCGUGAUAUCUCUCUGAUUCUUCACAGUCUACCGGUAGCCAUUUUUCUUCUUGUACCGCUGUUCCUGAAGUUCCCAAACAUUACCUUGAUGUCAUGGUUUGUAACUCUUCUAGGUUUCAUGAGAGGAAUGUUACUCCAUGCGUUUGGUGUCAUCCUUGCAAUAUUUAUUCCUGCUGUGGCUGCAGCAUUAAGAUUGUUAUUCACGAAGAAUGCAAUGAAUUGGUUUGCUCACCCUUAUUUGGUGUUCCUUAUGUUUGUCCCUACUUCAUUGAUUGGUCUAUUGCUGCCGAGGGUUACAUGGGGGCUAUCGGAGCAAGCACACUUUUGGGGUGCUUUUGGGUUGUGUUCUUUAAUAACUAUGGCCUACACGCUAGCUGGGCUGAGUGGAGGUUUUCUAACAUUUUUCAUUUCCAUGUCCAUGCUUCUUGGGCGAUUUGUCUCUAGCAUCAAUAGGAAGCAGUGGAGCCAACAAUCACCUAGGCCGUUGGUUGCGUAUGUGCUGCCUAUGAUCCCAUGUCUCCUUUAUUGUCUUUACUAUGGCGGAUUCCUUAUCCAGUUCCUGAUUGAAAAGAUGGGCAUGAUGGGAUCUCUUCCAAAACCAUAUGGAUAUUUUGUGCCUGAUGUUAUUGUUGGAGCUGUUGUUGGAUUAGUGGUUGGUUGGUGUUUUGGUCCUCUAGCACCUGUUGCUGGUCGUUGGUUGUCGAAGACCUCAAUUUUCCAUGUCUUUCUGCAAAUUACAGUGGUUGCUUUGGCUAUCUCAUCUCAACUGUUUCCUUACAGCACUGGAGCACCAAAAAGAGUUGUUCUUCAACAUACUUUUGUUACAGAUGGUAAUAAUGUUAUAGAUUCAAGCUAUGGUUUCUCUGUGGUUGAUUCUAACUCAUUGGAGUUUCUUUUCAACAAUGCACCUGAGGCCGCCAGAUGGCUGAAGGAUAACUCUGAGUUGUCUUUUGAAGAAGAAUAUCGGUCUGAUAGAAGCUCAUGGUUGGCUCUGUACCCUGUCCCGUUCUUGUUCUCUGGAAGUUUAAAAUUUCAGGCACAAACUGAAGAGAUUAGAAAGUAUUACCAGCGUUUCCCUCAGUUAGCUGUUCAGGAGAUCUGGGAUAACAAUGGGCAGCGAAGGGUGCAUCUCAAACUUUCACUUGGUUCCUUAUCAGAAAUUUGGACCUCUGUGCUCAAUAUUACUGGGCCACUAUCAAAUUGGUCCUUUGCUGAUAACAUGCUCCCAGCUCCUCAAACUGUAAGUGGCGGGCCACCAUCAUAUAUUUGUCGACUCAGUGGAAAGAGCGAUGUGGAUUGGUCUUUCUGGUUGGAGAUUUCACACGAGCUGACAACAUGUUCUCAUCCAUCCGGCACUGUUGUCCUCACUCCAACUUGGCCUACUGCCAUGGACAAUGAUACCAUGUUGUCACCUGAAGUUUUAAAGGAGAUGUUUAGUGAAACAUUAGAGCCACAAACCCGGGCUUAUAUAAAAACUGCUAUGCCAUGA